GUCUGCUGCAGUUUCUCUGUCCUCCACAGGGGGUGCUGUUGUCUCAUGCUGCAGUUCUUGUGUCCUCCACAGGGGGUGCUGUUGUCUCCUGCAGUUUCUGUGUCCUCCACAGGGGGUGCUGUUUUCUCCUGCAGUUCUUGUGUCCUCCACAGGGGGUGCUGUUGUCUCCUGCUGCGGUUCUUGUGUCCUCCACAGGGGGUGCUGUUGUCUCCUGCAGUUCUUGUGUCCUCCACAGGGGGUGCUGUUGUCUCCUGCAGUUUCUGUGUCCUCCACAGGGGGUGCUGUUGUCUCCUGCAGUUCUUGUGUCCUCCACAGGGGGUGCUGUUGUCUCCUGCAGUUUCUGUGUCCUCCACAGGGGGUGCUGUUGUCUCCUGCAGUUCUUGUGUCCUCCACAGGGGGUGCUGUUGUCUCCUGCUGCAGUUCUUGUGUCCUCCACAGGGGGUGCUGUUGUCUCCUGCAGUUUCUGUGUCCUCCACAGGGGGUGCUGUUUUCUCCUGCAGUUCUUGUGUCCUCCACAGGGGGUGCUGUUGUCUCCUGCUGCGGUUCUUGUGUCCUCCACAGGGGGUGCUGUUGUCUCAUGCUGCAGUUCUUGUGUCCUCCACAGGGGGUGCUGUUGUCUCCUGCAGUUUCUGUGUCCUCCACAGGGGGUGCUGUUGUCUCCUGCAGUUUCUGUGUCCUCCACAGGGGGUGCUGUUUUCUCCUGCAGUUAUUGUGUCCUCCACAGGGGGUGCUGUUGUCUCCUGCAGUUCUUGUGUCCUCCACAGGGGGUGCUGUUGUCUCCUGCAGUUUCUGUGUCCUCCACAGGGGGUGCUGUUGUCUCCUGCAGUUUCUGUGUCCUCCACAGGGGGUGCUGUUGUCUCCUGCAGUUCUUGUGUCCUCCACAGGGGGUGCUGUUGUCUCCUGCUGCAGUUCUUGUGUCCUCCACAGGGGGUGCUGUUGUCUCCUGCAGUUUCUGUGUCCUCCACAGGGGGUGCUGUUUUCUCCUGCAGUUCUUGUGUCCUCCACAGGGGGUGCUGUUGUCUCCUGCUGCGGUUCUUGUGUCCUCCACAGGGGGUGCUGUUGUCUCCUGCAGUUUCUGUGUCCUCCACAGGGGGUGCUGUUGUCUCCUACUGCAGAUUCUGUGUCCUCCACAGGGGGUGCUGUUGUCUCCUGCAGUUUCUAUGUCCUCCACAGGGGGUGCUGUUGUCUCCUACUGCAGAUUCUGUGUCCUCCACAGGGGGUGCUGUUGUCUCCUGCUGCAGUUUCUGUGUCCUCCACAGGGGGUGCUGUUGUCUCCUGCAGUUUCUGUGUCCUCCACAGGGGGUGCUGUUGUCUCCUGCAGUUUCUGUGUCCUCCACAGGGGGUGCUGUUGUCUCCUGCAGUUUCUGUGUCCUCCACAGGGGGUGCUGUUGUCUCCUGCAGUUCUUGUGUCCUCCACAGGGGGUGCUGUUGUCUCCUGCAGUUCUUGUGUCCUCCACAGGGGGUGCUGUUGUCUGCUGCAGUUUCUGUGUCCUCCACAGGGGGUGCUGUUGUCUCCUGCAGUUCUUGUGUCCUCCACAGGGGGUGCUGUUGUCUCACUUUGUUUCUCUUGUAGUUCCUGCGUCUCCUCUGUCCUGUGAGCUCAACACCGCCAUCACUUGCCGAGACGAUGUAGCUCCGCCCCCCAUCCUGCCACGUAGACACACCCACCCCCUGCCUGGCCCCGCCCACAAACCCGGGCACCACCGUCGGGGCCGGCGCACCUCCUCCACCCAGUCCGCUGACGGGGCCGUCACCGUGAGAACCACGCCUCUGCCCACUAAAUUCCAGACGCCACUAGUGGGAGGGGCUAAAGCCGGCAGGUGUGGAGGUCCCACGCUCGGCUCCGCCCUGCCUGCAGAGAAGAAGAAGGACAAGCAGCGGUACCAGUACGGGAACCACUGCCAGUACUACGGCUACCAGGGUUUCUAUGGCGACAAACACGAGGGGCGGGUCGGAGCGGAGGAGGACCCCCGGCUCCGCCUCCUAGAAGCUGAUUGGUUCAGAGACAAGACGGUGCUGGACAUUGGCUGCGGCGCCGGUCACGUGACCCUGUUCAUCGCCAGGAGGUUUGACCCCUCCCACAUCCUGGGGGUGGAGCUAGACGGGCGACUGGUCCACGCCGCCAGGCAGAACAUCAGACACUUCCUGUCACAUGACCUGGUGGAGGAGGAGCGGGGGGGGAGGGGGGAGGAGGCGAUGCUGCAGCUGUUGACCCCCCUCCCCCUCUCCUUCAGGGUGAGUCGGGGUCCUCUGUCUGCUCCUCCCCUCCUGCCUCCAUCCUCCUCCUCCUCCAGGUUCCCCAGCAACGUCACCUUCAUCCAGGGCGACUACCUGACGGACAGAGAGGCGUGGCCUGGGCGGGGCCAGUAUGACGUCAUCGUGUGUCUGGGGGUCACCAAGUGGGUGCAGCUGCAGUCAGGCGACAGGGGCGUGGUCAGGCUGUUCAGACGGGCCUAUCAGAGCCUGUCGCCGGGCGGAGUGCUGAUCCUGGAGCCGCAGCCGUGGAGCAGCUACGUCCACAGCAAGAGAGCCUCGGAGACGACGUUCCGUAACUUCAGAACCCUGAGGAUCCGACCCGAACAGUUCACCUCGUUCCUCACCGACAGCGUGGGCUUCACCUCCUACAGGCUGCUCACGCACACAGGUAACCUAUGCCCCGCCCACACACAGGUAACCUCACACACAGGUAACCUCACACACAGGUAACCUCACACACAGGUA